AGCCGCUGGUGCUCCGUUGAGCGCCUCUUCCGGGCGGUGAAAACGGAAGGAGUCGGCGGCCACAGCCAAAGAUCUGCAAACACUGCGCAUACGUUGUGUUUUAUUGGCACAAAAUGAGCCAUAAGAAGAAGCGCAGCCCAAACACGCACAAUGACACAUGGGUGGUUGUGGCUGCAGACUCGGCCGUUGAAGCGCCCCGGCGGAAGGACGGAGACCCGCUUUUGGUGCAACUCAGGAACCCGUGCACAGGUGUUGCCUCACUGUACAUGUUUGGGAGUGAUGAUGCACAUCUCUAUGAGGUAAAAGCAUUUAAUGAGGACUGCCACUCUUGGUUCAUCGGCCAGACCGUACAUAGAGAUGGAAGACUUCUGUACAUUACUCCAGUGGACCCUCUCUAUCAUCUUCUGCCCUACUUGAUAAAAGUAGCAAAAGAGGGAAAAUUUCAACUUUUGCAGCAGAUGGUGAUAGAUGAAGAUUUCCCAGUAUGCUCUAGGCUGUUGAACUGUAAGGAGACAAAAGCCUCACUUGGCCUUGUUGCUGAGGAAAAAGAAGUUGCAGGUCAGAAGUUCUAUAGAUACAGCCAGGAGAAAACAAUGGAGUGGUUGAAGAAAAAGGUGGAUAAAACUGUGAAAGCUCUUAAAAAUAGUAACAUAUCAGUCGGAGGAGGUGUGAAAUCAACAACAUACAUCCGGGUGAAUCAAGAAUGUGAUUUUUGCGAAGAGGAUUACCUGCGAUAUGCCCAUGGAUUAAUAUCAGAAUACAUCAGUGAAGACUUGAGCAAAGACCUCCUCAAACAUUUACAGUUGCCAGAGGUUUUGAGUCCAAAUGAGGCAGAACCUCCGUCUAAGAAGCGAAAAGUGUCAGACAAACCAGUGGAGGCCGGGGAAGACUACACCAAGUUCAACAGUACAGAUUUCGCCAGAAAACCCCCAAAAAAGAUGACAGCUGCACAGAAAUCUCUGGCCAAAGUGGACAAAACAGGGAUGAAGAUCAUGUCUGCGUUCUUCAGCCCUAAAGCAAAGACUGAGAAGUAAGGGAUGAGGACUAAUAAAUGUAUGCUUUUGAUAAUAAACUAAAAAAAAAAAAAAAAAAAAAACCCUUUUAAUCUUGUCAAUAUUCAGAACAGACUGCCAACUUGUUUAUAUUUCUGAAUUUUUUGUUGCCUGCAUUAAAAAGCAUUUUUUAACAUGUAUUAUUUGACAAUUUGUAAAGUAUUUGAAAAUAUUUCAUCCACCCAUCCAUUCACUUACUAGUAUUUGACAAUGAACAUUUUCAGUAGUUUCAGAUUUUGGGUUGUAUUUCUAAAGACAGCCUAGGUCUUUGAAUGCUACAAAACACAGGCUUGAUCUUAAAGGCAGUCUGUAGUUUCCACCACUUUUAAAGUUUUAAUAAUAUAGCUCAACUGAACAUACUAUGUUUAUGUGUGCAAGUUACACAUUAAGUGUGGUGCGCUCAAAAGCACAAGAUAAACAAGAAAGCAAAUUGCAUGCACAACUUUGCCUUAUUUUCACCUCAAGAAGUGACAUUAUACCGUAUAACAAAGU